GAAAAUAUAAAAAAUAUACUUGUAUACACUUUUUAAAAUGUAGUCAGUAGUAUAAUGGAGGAGGUUUCCAAUACCGAUGUAAAGAAGGUGGAAGCAAGUACUCCAGUUAAAAAAACCAGAAGUAAGGAGGAAUCGCCUACAGAAGCUGGAGCAGGUCCUGUGCCACAAAGUUCCCAAGAAGUGUUGCUUAGUUCACACACAUAUAAUACACCAGAUGACGAGCAUUCCAUUUGCGAAACUAAUGAAGAUGGAAGUCCAGAAUUUGCUUCCGAAUCACCUUCAAUUUGUGAUAAGAAUAAGCCUAGUGGAGUACAGCUAGAUAGCUCCGGAAUAUCUGGAGGUAUAUGUCGUGGAAGUCUGAUGGGUGCAGAUUCAAUGGAGUCCGAACUUAACUCAGAAUCUAGUGGGGAGCUUUUAGAUAAUAAUGAAUUGAUUGCAAGGAAAAAGAAAAGAGAUUUGUUGAAGUCAGACGAAACUGAAGACCCCGAGGAAGAGUUUAGGAAACAUUUUCUCAAAACUUUUCAGAACUUGCCUAGAAUAUCACAGAUCUCAUUGGACGAUAACCCAAAACAAUCGCCAACAGAGAGCAAACAUAAUGCCGAAAUAGAUGCAGAAUUGCCAAAUAAUGAAGUUGCAGAAUCAUUAACAAAUGAAGGUGAUAGCACUGGCAAAGCAAUAUUACCAACAAAUUUGUCAAAUAGUGAUGCAGAAAACAUCGAGCAGCCGGAUAACAAUAUCGCAGAAAACACCGAAAUAACCUUACUUCAAAAUAGUUAUAUUCAAGAAAAAGAGAAUGCCGAUGAAAUUCCUUCCUCCUCAAAUAAAAAUAUGUAAAUUCGGAAAGUAUAUAAUUUGAAUAAUUUAAGUUUUUGGUAAACUAUCCGAAUCUGUAUAUUUUGGCAUAUAAAUUUCAGUGAUUUGGCCAUAGCAACCCAAAUAUUGGCUCAAAAGUGGAAUGUCAUACCUCGUUGAGCUCGUAAUUUCAUGCCCAAUCGAUUGGCGUUCCAAUCUGAAACUUUUAUUUUUUGACCAAUUUUUUCAAAUUUUGAUGAUGUAACCCCUUAUAAAAAAUGCAAAAAAUGGACAAAAAUAAAAUUUUCCAAAAUUUUCCU